AUGAUUCUACGAGCGCGGCUGAAGUCGGGUGUGGCUAUGCGUCAAAGUGGCGAAAAUCUCCAAGACAAACUUCAAACCGUAUGCCGGUCGUCUGGACUAUUUCUGGACGAAAUACCGACCACUCAAACAGAGAUUAUAGAAUUAAGCGACUAUUUUGGACGAGCUCAUGUGGGAAGCAGCGGCGAUUUCCUUGGAGACGCAAGGGAAUACGAGUCAUGGGAAGAGGCGUGGCCUGAAGGAACCUGA